AUGUGCGGAGAGCUGCAGCAUUCAGCUGCUGCCACAGCAGCAGCAGCCAGCAGCAACGGCAGCAGCAGCAACGGCCUGCUGCCAGCAGCCCUGACUCUGCGUGCUGCUGCAGUUGGCGGGGGAUGGGAAAGCGGCGGCCCUCCUGCAGCAACAGCAGCAGCAGCUCCCGCUGCAGCAGCAGCAGCAGCAGCAGCAGCAGCAGCUGAGGGCGGGGCCCUGCAGUGGGCGAAGCUGCUGCCAGACGGCAGCGGCAUUUGCGGUGUCUAUGCAGAUGGGCUUGUCCGCUUUUUUGCUACUCCAGAGAGCCUUAGCGUCACUGGGCGGCAAGCGGAGCAGGAAGGCGCCGCAGCAGCAGCAGCAACGGAAGCAGCAGCAGCACCAGAAGCAGCAGCAGCAGCAGCAGCAGCAGCAGCAGGGGUUUUGUCACCUUGGCUAGAGGUGGCAGCAGGAGAGGCUGUGUGGGAUCUGGCUUUCCCGCCGCAGCUGUUUGCACAGGAAGCAGCAGACAGUUGCUGCUGCGCCAUAUCUGUACUAGACCACCCGGUGCGUCGUUUGGUGGACGGCUGCGCAGUUUGUUCGCUGCUGUUUGUGGACCGCGGAGAAGAGCUGCAGCAAAUCUUCGCUGUCUCUUUUGCUGGCAGCAAACUGCUGCUGGCAGCAGCAAAAAGCGCCUUUGCACUUUUCGACCUAGACAGGCCCCCCAAACCCGUGCAGGAGUGGCAGUUGGGCACUCGGCGCAGCAAGGGCCCCAGCGUGCAGAAGGGCGUCAUAUCCGCCAUUGCUGCUGUUCCCGCUGGCAGCAGCAGCAGCAGCAGCAGCAGCAGCAGCAGCAGCAGCAGCGACAGGAACAGCCUGUGGGUUGCAUGCGGCAGCCAGGCAGGGACCAUUGGUCUAUAUGAUGCGAGCCGCAGCAAAAGCCGAAUCAUUCUAUCUGACGCGGACAGCGCCCCAGGGGCUGUUGCGCAGCUGCUGUUUGCAGAAGGCAGUUUGCUGCUGAGCGGCCACCGCCAAGACCCCCUCAUUCGCUGCUGGGACUUGAGGGCCCCGGGGGCCCCCCUCUUUCGUUUGGAGAGGAGCAGCGCAUGCAGCCCCAGCAAGACCUUUUUCGACGUGAAGCAGCAAACGCUUGUCACAGGGAACUUCGACGGCUCUUUGAGCUUCUUCAGUCUCGCUAACGGGGAGGAGCAGCUGCGCUUUGCUGCUGCUGCUGCUGAUGCUGCUGCUGCUGGCAGCAGCAGCAGCAGCAGCGACAGCAGCCUCUCGUGGCCGGCAGCAGAGGCGCUGGGCCUGAGCAGCAGCAGCAGCAGCAGCAGCAGCAAAGGCUCGGUCUCCAGCGCGCCAAUUGCUGCUGCGUUUUUCCACCCCCAGCUGCCUUUAAUUUACACUGCGCACUCCGAGCGCACCUUCCCCGUCGACCCAGAGCCUGGCAACUGCAGCAGCAGCGCAGCAGCAGCAGCAGCUGCUGCUGCCAUCCGCUUCAAGUGGGCCAUUGGUCUUUGGUCUGCUGCUGGAGGGACUUGA